AACAGUUUGUACCAUUUGUUAGAAAUUAGCAAUUAGGGUAAUUCACUAUUGACUAUAAAUAUUCUGUAUUACAGAUCAACCCUUGAAACUGCGAUGAAACAGAACUGUCUGCUCUGCCUUGUUUCAAUUCUUUUAUGGACAUGCGGUUGUUCUCAGGAUGUGUGUGAAGAACCACCUCCUGAUAUUGAUUUUGGACAAACUGUAAGUGGUCAGAAGGCCAAGUAUCUGGAAGAUGAGAGAAUACAGUACAAGUGCAAUCUUGGCUACAUUCUGGAAGGGUCUCAGUGGGUAAUAUGUGUGGCACCAAAGUGGACGCCUCCACCCAAAUGUUUGGCACCUUGUAUUAUCACCAAACAACAGCUUUCUGCAAACAAGCUCAUGUUUUCUGAUGGUCGAAGAAAUUCUCAGAUAUUCCAGAAUGACCACACAGUGCAGUUCCAGUGCAGGGAAGGACAUGUGCACUCAGCUCCAUUGGUCAGGAAGUGUGUUGAUGGGCACAUAGAUCUUCCAUCAUGUUUCCUUGAAAAAGGGAAAAACUGCAGCAAGCCAUCUGCAAUUGAGAAUGGAAAUAUUAGUACUUUAUUGAAGAGGACGUACAGACCUGGCUCUUCAGUAGAAUUUGAAUGUCAACAAUAUUAUUCCAUGAUAGGAGAGAGUAGAGCUUUCUGUAAUGAUGGAAAAUGGAUAAAUGUGCCUCGUUGCCUGGAUCCUUGUACAAUCUCAGUAGAUGAAAUGAAGAAGCACAACAUAGAGGUGAAAUGGAGGUCCAGUGAGACUGGAUCUCAGAAUUUAUUCAUCCAACAUGGUCAUUCUAUGGAAUUUAUCUGCAAGCCAGGUUUUGUCCUUGCAACAAAUCCUUCCCAAUCUUCCUUUGAAAUCCAGUGUGAUGGAAAACCAGUCAUAUUGCCUGAAUGUAAAGAUGUAACAUGUCCUCCUCCACCUCAAGUUCCUAAUGGCCGGAUUAAGGAUAACAAGACGGAAAGGUAUUUGCCUCAAGAGAAGGUGAGCUACUAUUGUGAUGAAGGAUAUAGCCUUUUUGGAUCUCCUACAGUAACAUGCCUGAAGGAACAAUGGACAAAAGAACCACAAUGCACAGAGGCUGGGGGGAAAUGUGGUCCUCCACCUCCUUUGGACAAUGGAGACAUCCUGGAAAUUCUGCAGGUUAAAUAUAACCCAGGAGAAGUAGUGACAUAUAAAUGUCAACUUCAUUAUAAGAUGGAAGGCUCUCCAGUAGUUCACUGUAACAACGGUCAUUGGAGUAAAGUACCAACAUGUCUAGAUCCUUGUACAAUAACUAAAGCAGAUAUGAAGUAUAACCAUAUACAGCUACGAUGGAAGAAAUAUCAUGCAGAAAAUUUGUUUUCAAUGUCUGGAGAUGAAAUAGAAUUUUCUUGCAGAACAGGCUUUGAACCAGAUCCAGUCUCCCCUCCAUUUAGAGUAUCGUGUAAAAAUGGAAAACUUAAAUAUCCAAAAUGUAUAGUUGCAGAGUAAGAAGAAUGGAAAAAUGAACCCAGCAGCCAUUUUUCACCAAGAUCAAUGCUUACAUUUCA